AUGGUCGUCCUUUACCUACACGCCGACAAGCCUAGCCUGGACCUGUGGGAACGACGGAUCUUCAUCACACUGACUAUCCUCUUCUCGUCGCUUGUCAGCUUGUCAGUGGGCUCGCUGCUUGUGGUGCUGGGCGCAGCCUUGCGCUGGCCGUUGCUGGCGUCGCGGGGGCAUACUCCGCGGGAGGUCAACCUUAUCUUGAGCAUGGCUAAUCCCUCGGGCUCGCUCAGGCUGCUGGGGUAUUACUCUGGAGGUUGGGACAGGGGAAGGUUACGGUUCAGGAAGUGGAAGGCUACGACGUGGGUGGUGCUUCUGUAUCUGGUUGUGAAUAUUAUUGGGAGAUUGAGCAUUGCCAUCUUUGGUUUGUCGUAUGGCAUGAAUGAGAGCGUGGUCUACCCGGCUAUGGUCAACGAUUUUGGGAAUAAGGGGUUUAUGCAAGAGAGUUAUAUGUUGCGGGAUUUAGCACAGGCGGCUAGAUUCAGCAUCACGGGAGUAGUGAACGUGCCUACUCCAUUCAAUAGAUCAGACCCCUCAACUUAUAAUAUGAAUGACAUUGGCGGGCUGGGCCUGAAACGUAGUGUCAACAGCGAAACUGGCGCAGUCACUUACACAUAUCCUCUCCGCGAGUAUCGUGGACCAGAAGAAUACCCUUCAUCUGAUAGGAUUAUGCACAAUGGUAAUAGCACGCUCCCACAAGACAGCCCCACGUUCAUGUACAUACUGGAUGCCCUCGAUGGGGAUGCUGCGAGCCAGUAUGCAACGGGUCCCGACUCACUAACAACUCACUAUACAUGGGCUAUGGACUGGGACGAAUCUAAAAUAGGCGACCCAGCAGCCUGCGCGACCACAUUAGUCAACUGGCGCGGCAACGGCACCAUCUCCUUCUUCUACGAAUGCACCACCUGCCUAACCUCCAACUCCGGCAUCCCCGGCCUUGACACCUCCAUUCUCUCCAACUUCAACUCUUCCCGCCUGCCCUACGCAGCCGGCAUCCUCCCCCGCAUCAGCCCCUUCGACUACUUUUACGACUAUUCUGGCCCGAGCGGCGAGUUCGUCGCGCGCGUCUAUAGCUCCUCCUCAGAACGCAUCCACCAGCCCCAACUCUUCGAGCUGCCUGACACACCAUACUACUUCUACCUAGAGCCCAAAUUUCACACUAAACCCGUCCCUCUCAAUUUCGAAAUUGAGAUCGCCCACCUCGUAGCUCGCCUCCCCAUCCUAGCCAUCAUCGGCGCUGAGCGUGAGCUCCCACGCAAAACACGCGAUCCAAACGCCACGUCGGCAGACGCAUACAUCGUAACGAAUCUUGAAGUCAAGUGGCCAAGAGCAUUUGGAAUCUUAGCUGGGUUAGUGGCAGGGCAGGUGCUGGUGAUUGGAGUUGCGGCAGUUGCAACAAGGAAUGUGCCGAUCAGGGACCACGACAGUUUGUUGUCUGUAGCAAGGCUCCUGCGCACGGCGAUGGAAAAGAUUGAGGGACGGAGUAUGGCGUCCGGAGAGGAGCUGGCAGAGUGUAUUGAGAGGGAGCUGCGGCUUGGGGAGGGGAUGAGGUACGGGACGGAGAUAGUUGAUGAGGGAACGAGGAGGGUGGAUUUGUGGGAGGGGAUGGGAGAAAAUUUUGAGAGGGAUAAGAAGUAUGUUUGA